GGGCUACAGAAUGUGAGACUAGAACGCUACGAGGCCAAGACGGACGGCGUACCCCGUGGGCCACCGGUCAAGCAUGUGCCCGAGAUGAGAUGCGGAGUUGACCGACGCGGUGCUCGGUGUUGAAUGCCGAAGUUCCGCGUGGAUUGGGCACGGACAAAAAUAGAAGACAUGGACGAGUUAGGAAUCGAACCAAAGACCUUGUCAAGAAAUGAGAUGAUCAUGCUAAUGACACGCUCUACCAACUGAGCUACACGCCCUUCGCCUGAUGCUGAGAUUGCCGCUGGAGCGAAUCCCGCCUUCCCGUGUCCUGGCAGCUCCGUCAAGCGCGCGCACAUCCUCUGAUUGCUUGGCCGCCUGCGUCUCCUUUCAGCCCUUGCCUGCGUCACUCCUUCUAGUCUUAUCGGUGUUGAGCGAGACGAGUCAACAGAUGCAAGUCCUGAGCGUCCUUCCCGCUCGUAAAGAGUGUUUGAUCCCCUGCCGUCACUUGGGCAUGGGUCGGAUCUGUGGGAGAGGGCUGGGCAAAGCCAAGAGAGUGCAAGGUCAAGUGCGGAACGGAGAGCCAAGAGACUUGGCUCGGGUCAUGAGGUGCCCCUACGAUGACGUUAACCCGGAUGUCCGUCUGUAAGCGUCGAUGGGCCUGACACUGCAGUGUGGUUUGCAUUUUCUGCGAAUUCCUGUGAGAGUCGACGCAGGCUGCAGUGCG